AUGCCUGGAGGAAAGCAAUAUUCGUUUUCUGAAUGUGAGAAAGGUUUUAGUCAGAAAUCAAAUCCUAUUAAACAUCAAAGAACUCACACAAGAGAGAAGGCAUUUUCAUGUCUUGAAUGUGGGAAGUGUUUUAGUGACAAAUCAAAUCAUAAUAUUCAUCUGAGAACUCACACAGGAGAGAAGCCAUAUUCAUGUCCUGAAUGUGGGAAAUGUUUUAGUCAGAAAUCAGAUCUUUGUAAACAUCUGAGAAUUCACACAGGAGAGAAGCCAUAUUCAUGUCCUAAAUGUGAGAAAUGUUUUACUGACAAAUCAAAUCUUAAUACACAUCAGAGAACUCACACAGGAGAGAAGCCAUAUUCAUGUCCUGAAUGUGGGAAUUGUUUUAGUCAGAAAGCAGAUCUUUGUAAACAUCUGAGAAUUCACACAGGAGAGAAGCCAUAUUCAUGUCCUAAAUGUGAGAAAUGUUUUACUGACAAAUCAAAUCUUAAUACACAUCAGAGAACUCACACAGGAGAGAAGGCAUUUUCAUGUCCUGAAUGUGGGAAGUGUUUUAGCUACAAAUCAAAUUGUGAAACACAUCUGAGAACUCACACAGGAGAGAAGCCCUAUUCAUGUCCUGAAUGUGGGAAAUGUUUUAGUCAGAAAGCAGAGCUUUGUAAACAUCUGAGAACUCACACAAAAGAGAAGCCAUAUUCAUGUCCUGAAUGUGGGAAAUGUUUUAGUCAGAAAAAAGAUCUUAGUAAACAUCUAAGAACUCACACAGGAGAAAAGCCAUAUUCAUGUUCUGAAUGUGGGAAAUGUUUUAGUCAGAAAGCAGAUCUUUGUAAACAUCUGAGAAUUCACACAGGAGAGAAGCCAUAUUCAUGUCCUAAAUGUGAAAAAUGUUUUACUAACAAAUCAAAUCUUAUU